AUGGUCAGCAACCCGGUUCAUGGUCAGAUAUCCGCCCUCGCUGCUCUCAUCAGCGACGCGACGAAGAUAGUCGAAGCGCACUUUUCAGCCUCGUCGAAGCCUCUCGUUCCGUCAUUGGAAGAUGCAUCGGAGCACCCAGUCGACCAAGAGCUAGAUAGCGAGCUUCGAAAUGCGAUCCAGAUUAUCGAAGGGGCGUGCGCACAGCUGUCGGCCACCGUAGCAAGGCCUAGCCACACGAUUGUCAAUAAACUCAUGGGCUUUUACGAACCGGCCUGUCUUGGCAUCGUCUUGACGUUCAAGAUUCCAGACAUCUUGGAAGAGAAGCCCGCCGGCAUGCACAUAUCCGAGAUAGCAAAAAAGACUGGCCUGGAAGAACGGAAAAUCGGGCGAAUCCUUCGGCUACUGGCAACAAAGCACGUCUUUACUGAAGUCUCCGAGAACGUGUUUGCGAAUAAUCGCCUGAGCAUCCAGCUGCUCUCGGACAAUCAUAUAUCUAGCCUCGGUGGUCAUUUCACCGAAGAGUGCAUUCGCUCGACUUGCUUCCUCGCGGAGGUUCUCGGUGACAAGGAAUGGGGCCCUUCGUACUCUGCAGCCCAGACCGCGUUCAACAAGUGGUCGAAGCAAGAUGGCACUAUGUUCGCAUUUAUCGAAAAUACGCCAGAAGGAAGAAAGCUAGGCGCUCGCUUCGGAACAGGGAUGAUGGGUUGGGGAACUGCUUGUCAAGGACAUGAUGUUGUUCAUGAAUUCCCUUGGGAAGAGCUCGGGGACGGAGCAACUGUCUGUGACCUCGGAGGUGGCGUUGGAAACAUAACUCUCCAGCUCGCCAAGACAUACCCGACUCUGCAACUGAAGCUCCAGGAUUUGCCCGAGACGAUCAAGCGAGCAGAAAACCAGGUCUGGCCGGAGAAAUGUCCUGAAGCCAUUCAAGAAAAACGAAUUGUGUUCAAGUCGAUUGAUUUCUUCAAGGAAACUCCGAUCGCAGGAUGCAACGUUUACUUCCUGAAGAAUAUCAUUCACGACUGGCCCGCUGACGACUGCAUUAAAAUCCUCUCGAACGUUCGGAAGGUCAUGGAGCCCCACAGCCGCAUUCUCCUCCACGAGUACAUCCUCCAAGAUGCGUGUCGCGUUCCGGACGAGCAGACAGCGUUCAAGCAAGCGCCGGCGCCCUUACUACCCAAUUAUGGUGCUGGAAGAAUCCGUCAGUAUAAUCUAGACUUGAAUAUGAUGACGAUGCUUAACAGCGAGGAGAGGGGUCUCCCCGACUUCAUUCGCUUGGGAGCUGCGGCUGGGCUCCGAUUCGUGAAGCUGUGGGAUCUUGGGGAGACUGGGGUUGUAGAGUUUCAGCUGCCUUAG